AUGAGUGAUUCGGAAGAUGAUUUGUCAAGUGGUAGUGUUUCGGAUGCUGACGAGCUAGAAGAUGAAGUUGAAUUGGAAGAUGUAACAGUAGAUGAUCCACCAGCUAGUGAUGCAGAAGAGCAAGAAGAUGAGAUAACUGAUAAGAAAUGCGAGAAAUAUUUUCGCAAAGAAAUUUGGCAAUUGAAGAAAUUACCGUAUUCCGCAGAAAUAGAUGAAGAGGCUAACAAACAUUUCAUUCUUAUCAAGGUUUGUUUUCUUAUUUACUUUAAGAAAAAACAAAUUAUUCUAUUUUUUCAGAAAGGUCUUGCUGAUUCAAUUCUUUUGAAUGAUGCUACAUCCGGGUUUUGUCAUUGGGUAUUAGAAUUAGACAAAUAUAUCGAUUUGUACGGUCGUCGUUUUUCAAAGGAAGAACAUAUUCAAUUAAUCCACCUUCUUCUUCCAAUGAUCACAAAAGGACAUAUUUUCCGAAAUGUGAAAAUUGCGAUUCGAAGUGUUUAUACUUUGUUAUGCAAAAAGGAUUAUUUGACAAGAGAUGAUUUGACAAUUGAUUGGAGACCACUUUAUGAAUUGUACGUUGAAGUAACAUUCAAAAAUCUCGAAGAAGAUGGAUUAUUCCUAAUGCCAGAAGGUUUUCGAAAUGAUCUUCUCAGUUUGAUAUACUAUGCAAGAUGGUAUUUCUCAAAAGAAAGUGUUCAAGAACUUCUCGAUGAAUGUCGUCCAUAUAUGUGUAUUUGGGAUGAAUCUUGUCAAAUGUCAUGGAAAGUGUUGGAUUUAUUCCUUUGUAUGUCAAUGCCAGCAGAAGAUCAGAAAAUAUAUGGAACAAAUCUGUGGUUUGAAGAAGCAUGGCAUUGGUACAAAACAAUUGACAACAAUUCGCUUUUCGAAACACAGGCACAUAAAAUGUUUGCAAGAAUCAAUUACGAAAGUCCAGGAACUAUUGAUUGGACUGGAAAAAUGGACUUGAUUUUCACAAGAGUUAGUGAAACUCAGAUUUGAGAAAACUAAAAUGUUUUUUUCAGCUCGUCAGAUCUCUUCGCCUUGGACAUAUCAAUGGAUUAUGUCAAUCAUUCAGCCAAGAAUCUGCUGCAGUUUUGAUUGUUCAUCUUUUGGGAUCAACAUGUCAUGAAGAGUAAAUUAGUUUUCAUAGGGAAUUUCGGGAGAAAAUACAGCAAACUAUUCAUACAAUUUCUAGUUUGAUCAUUUUCCGUCCUUUUUUUUUCGAAAAUUUACCACUAUCUUUAGUGGAUUUUUGUACGAAAAUUGAUAAAAAAGAUAGAUCAAAAAAUCAAAAGAUAAUCUAGUACUGGAAACAAAAAAAUAUAAAAACGUUCAAGACACAACAAAAACAGAUUAUUAACAAUUACAUUUUUUUCAGACUUAUGAUUCAUUUGAAACAACUUUUCGAACAAGUUGAAUCAUUCCUUCAUCCUUCAAAUAAUGGAUCACAUACUCAAUAUCUCAUUACUUUGAUAUCUAAACUUUGCACACAUUUGAUUGUUCGUAUGAAAAGAGAACGAAAUGAAAAACCGAACAAAACAAGAACUAUGGCUUUCGUAAGUUUAAUACUAUUCACAAAACAUCUUGUAUUCCUCAAAAUUUUUUAGGUUCCUGAAUAUAUGCGACUCAAUCAACAGAUUCUUGAUGACUUUGUUAAUAUUUUGCUCCCAUCUUUGAAACUUAUGGCAUUCACAAAAACCAGUAAAGAUCUGGUCAAUCCAAUCUACCGUAAUUGUUGUCUAAUGUGCCCGAAGAUAAUUCUUCCAAUUGUUUUGGAUAUGGUUUAUCCGGCACUUGAAACUCUCGUUGAACCACACAGACUUCAACAAACAUUGGGAACUCUUGUUGGUGUUCUUAUUCCAUUGGUUAAAGAUGAACCAGAUGCCGAUGGAAAAACUUAUCGAAUUCACGCGAUAACAAUUUUGAACUCACUUUUACCUGGUUUGGAUUGUAAUGAUAUUCGAAAAUGUAUGGUGACUUAUCAAAUUAUUGGAGUUUUAGUAAAUAUGAUUCCAUUGGUUGAUUGUUCGGAUGCAAUACAUACAAGAUGCGAUUUGACAGAAGAUGAGAAAGAACUUUGUUCAGCGACAGCUAAUUUCGAUUCGAUUAUUUCAAUGUUGAUGGAUAGAAUGAUUGAGAUGUUAGUUGCUUGUGGACAAUCAGCAAAUCCAAUUAAUGCACAAGGUGCAAUUAAUGCAAAAGCAGGAAGUAGUAAUAUUGAAGAUCAGAUUUUGCAUAGAGGAACUCUAUCUGUUUUCAAAGGAAUUUGUAGAAACAGCAGCAGUGAAUUAUUCAAAAUUGCAAUGAAUAAAUUGUACACUCUUGCAUCGGAGAAUGUAUUCGACAGUCGAAUUGUCAAUGAUGUUAUUGGAGAUAUGAUUCAAGUUGCUUGCAAAUUCCACCCGGAAUUGGCUUUCAAUAAAUUCUUCAAUUUGGUAUACUCAAGACUUCAAAAUUGCAUUACUCCUGAAUUUUACACCGAAGAAAAGGUGGAUUUCAGUAUUCUUUGGUGGAUUACAAUUGCAUCAAGAAUAGUGAAAGUUCAUCCUGAUUAUUUAUUGGCGAAUUGGCCACAAGUCACAUCAAUGUUGCAAUUAUUAAUGCCAUUAAAAAGAUGUAAUGUUGCAACUGAGAAAUCAUAUUAUCUCUAUGAUAAUCUUUUGGAACAACUCACUUAUAUUCAAUUGAAUUCAUUGGUUGCAAGAAGAAAAUUAUACGAUCUUCCUUCUGAUCAAUUUUUGGCAAUUCGACAUUGGGCAGCUCCAGUUGACAAGAAAACAUAUAAACCAGAUUGGUUUAUUCCAACACAAGAAACAAUUGAUAAAGCUGUUGAAAUAUUGAGAAAUUGGCUUGUUCCGAAUUUGGCUGUUUUGAAUAGUCCACAAGGAAUUGACAAGAAAGAAUUGUUGCAUCGACUUCAAAUUAUUCGAUCAACUAUUUUGGGAUCUUGUAUGGCUGUGCCAGUAUUGGCAGGAGAAAAUAUUCAAUUAACUGAUUCGCAUGUUAUUGAUCAAAAUAAGGAAUUCGAUUUGGUUAUUAAGCCAAAAGGAACACCUGGUAUGUUCUUGAAUAUCAACCAACAAUUUUCCAAUAUUUCAAAAUAUAAAAAUGAAGCGACAAGAAUAAUUUUCAAUUUUAAAAUUUCCACGUCAUAGGUGACGUUCUAAAUGAAAUUCAAAUAUUGAAAUUUUAAAAAUUCUUCAUUUUUUAAAUGAUUUUUUUGAAAUAACCGAAAAUUAGGAAAACAACAAUAAAGAUUGAAGUUUCUAAUUUUCCACCAACUGUAAGUCAUUUUUUUCCAGAAAUUUUACUCGAUGGCCAAAAUAUUCGUCAAAUGAUGCUGGAUACAGUUCUGAAUCUCAUCGAUUAUCUUCUCGAAAAUAGUCCAGAUGAUGUGAAAUCAAUUCAAGAAGCGGUAACAGUUCUUCGCGGAUUACCAUCAAUUCGUGGAUAUACAAAAGAUAUGUAUGUUAGUGGAAUGACAAGUUAUCGAGUCACAAAAAUAAUGCUUUGUGAUAAAUUGGCUGGAAAUAAGAGUAAUAUUGAGAUGAUUGUUGAGGAAUAUAUUCUACUUUUGCAUAGAGUUUGUUUAUUUUUUCAUAUAUUUUUUGGACAAAAAAAAACAUCAAUUUAAUUUUCAGAAACGUAUGUCUGCGAUCCAAGGGUGGCACUUCAAUGAACAACAUCAACGAAUUUAUGAGACACUUUUGAAAGUUGCAACAAGUACAUAUUCGGAAAAUCGAGCAAAAGCGCAAAGUAUUUUAUUGGCUAAAAUUAGACAACAUCCAUAUUCAUACAAAAGAAUUUUGGAUGGUAUUUUGAGAUUUUUGGAUCCAGAAAAUGAAGUAACACAUGAACAAUUGAAAGGUGCAUUAUAUUUAUUAAUUGAUGGAAAGAAACAAGCUAUUAUUAUUCGAAUGGAAUUUGAACAACAAGCUAAAAUUUGGCCAGCUCUUGUUCGAGUUCAACACAGUGAAAAACCGACGAUUAUUGCGUUGUUGGAAAAUGCACAAAAUUUGAUUGUUGAUAAUUAUGAAAGUUAUCGAUUGAAAUAUGAAUGGGUAGAUGGACAAAGAGAAACUGCCAAGAGAUUAUUGAUGGCUGCUGAUGAAUGUUCUCCAUUACAUGAUGCUAAUAUUUUGAAAAUGCCAACAAAAGAGCAAAUUGAUAAAUAUGAGAAUUUGUUGGAAGAGAAGUUUGAAUAUUCUUUGGCGUGAGUGAAUGGGCUUCUUUCAGAAGUUUUUAUUUUCAAAUAUUUUUCUUAAAAAAAUGUUUUUUUUUGAUUAUCCUUGUCGAAAAAACAAACUGAUUCAGUUUUUAGCUAAAUUUUUUCAUUGAUUUCCGAAGAAAAUUGAAUUCAUAAUUUCAGUACUGUAGAGUUUUAUUUUUUAGCUUUGAAAUUAGAUGAUGAUAAUAAACACAAAAAUAAAUUUCACAAAAUCUUUGACAACUCAAAUUUUCAGAUCGUAUCAUAACCUUAUCAAACGAAUUUAUGAACUUGCUUGUGAUCCAAAUCUUCAUUGGAGACCUCUUGAUAUGGCACAUUCAAUGCUUUCAAUGCAAGUUCGCCGUGAUUAUCCACUUCCAGAUGAAGUCAUCAAAAUGUUUGUCAAAUUAUUAAUCAAUGAUACAGUAAAAACACGAAGAAUUGCAUCAGCUGUUGUUGCUUCUUGGUUGAAAAUAAUGAAACCAAAAGCAGUCAAACGUGAAUUGAUUAUUCCAAAUAAAUCACCAAACAGUGGACCUGGCUCGAAAUUCCCGAUUUAUUGCGGUUUGAGAGAAGAUAAUCGAUGUAUGAUGUAUGAAGAGGAGAAAUUACCACAAACUGAUGAAGAAUGGGAUGCUUUUCAAUUUUGUGGAAAACAACAUUGGGGUGUUUACACGUGGCCGGCGAAAUUGACAACGUUAGUUUUUUUAAAUUUUUUUAAAGAACUACUCGAAAUUUUAAACCGGAAGUAUAGAUUCCGGUUACACACCAAUAACAUUUUCUAAAAAUAAUGUUUUUUUUUUCAGCUAUGCUCCCCUUAAAGAGCAAAAAUCGAUUGAUCGAAAUUAUGAGGAUUUUUCGGAGACCGAAAAAGCGAUUGUUGACACAUUCCAAGAUGAGAAAUUUAUGACAAGAUUGAGAGAACUUUUCUCGGUUGAAAUGAAAAAGGAGGAUGAAUUAUUCAAUGCUGUACAUUUUACGCUUUUCCAGGUAUAUUGCUACAUUUCUUUUCAAAAAUCAUUCCAAUUUUGUAGGGUUUAUUCCGUUGCUUUAAUGAUGUUCUUUGUCCGGCUUUCAAAACCCAACUCGAAAUUUUGAUGGCAAGUUCGAAAGAAUACGAUCAAAAAUUGGCAUCGGAAAUCACUGCGGGUAUCAUAAAUGGGUCGAAAUUGUGGAAACAUGAAAGACAAAGAAAAAUGUGGAAUUGGUUGGGACCAAUGAUUUCGAAAACAUUUGAAGUAAUGAAAGAAGAUGGAUUGAGAAAUUGGGGUGUUGGAAUUGCAACUGUUUGUGGAUGUUCAGAAGCGAGAAUGUUGAAACCAUUGAUUGAUUUAUUAUUCAAAUUAAUUGAAAGACCAACUGAUAAUGCGUUUUCAGCUAGCUCGUGAGCGAUUUUUUCUUUCUUUUUCUUGGAAAUUCACAUAAUGUAUUUUUUUCAGUCGAUUAUUUUUGAUCCAAUCUGCUUUGUGUCAAUUUGAAUGGCGUGGAGUUGAAUUGUGGAACAAGUUCUUGAACAUGUUGAAAACUUCAUUAGUUCAUCAAUACGCCAAUCUUAGAGAUCGUGUUGCAAUGUAAGAUUUUUUCAAAUUUCAAAAAUAUGCCACUUAUGAAUUCAGCCCCCGGUUUAAAAGUUUUUAAAAAACAUUCUGGUAGAUCAAACAAAUUUUUCUAAAUCUCAUUUUUGCGUUGUCUCUGAAUUUUCUUUCAAAAUUGAAAUUUCACAACCCGAAAGUUCAAACUGUAUCUUUUGAAGCGCUUUUGAAAAAAAUUCAGUUUCCGAAAAUCGAUAUUUUUGCAGCUCUCUCGUAUCUGCGACUUGGUAUGAUGUUCCUUCAAUUCUUGUCGCUCCAAGCACUCCUGAAAAUCUUCGGCCACCAAAAAUCGAACAAGUCGCAGCUUGGUAUCAAGAAUUGUUAGCAACGUGUUGGGAUGAAGUUAGGAUAUCAAAAACGGAAGAAUGUCCAAUAAAUGGAACAUCAAAUGGAGAAAUGCAUCCAUCUCCAUCGACUGCUUCAUUGGCUGAAACAUCGGAAGUCAAAAAAGCGGCAAGAUUGGCAUUGAAAUCCACAAUUUCUUAUGUUUUCAACACUUGUAAUCAAUCAUAUGAAGCUUUCCCCAAAUCUUUCAUCCCAUUUUUGCCACUUUGGUGUCAUUAUGCAAAUGAUGUUGGGUUAGUUAUUGUUUUGUUUGAAAGAAUUAAAAAAUGUUUUUUUUCAGAGACGAAGAACUUCAAAAAACAUGCAAUUCCUUCAAUAUCGGACAUAUGGAAGCAAUUUAUGUUUCGCAAGAAAAUGCUCCAAGUGUGCUCAAUCAAUUCACCCAAAUUCUCACUUCGCCAUGUUGGUGGAAAUCGAAAGUUGUUGCACUUCGAAUGAUUCGAUCUAUCGUAUUUUCAAAUCCAUUUGUUUUUAGAAGACAUCGAGAUGAAAUUGGUAAGUAAUUGUAACUUUUCUAAAACAUAUUUAAUCUGAAUUUAAUUUCAGGUCAUCUUCUUGUUCAUAUGUUAAAUGAUUGUCAAAUUGAAGUUCGUGAAAGAGCAGCUGAAGCGUUGAGCACAUUGUUGCAAUCGAAAUUCUUUGAAACCACUCAAGAAUUGGUGCAAAAGUUUGACACUGCAGCCACAUCGGAUAAUGCAAUUGAAUCACAUGGUGGAGUUUUGGGAUUAUCUGCGAUUGUUUUGGCAUCGCCUUAUUCUGUUCCACGUUUUUUGCCGGAUGUUUUGAUGAGAAUUUGUCGAUUUGCUACGCAUAGAAAUGCCACAAUUCGGGUUAGUUUUCAGCGAUUUGAGAAAAAUAGCAGUUCGCAAAACUUUGGCAAAUAUAUAUUUCAAACCCGAAGAAAUACGCUGGUCUGGGUUUCGAAUUUCUUGUGAGAAAAUAUUGUGUUUGAAUUUUUUUCGGUGACGAGAACUAAUUUAUUCUAGAAAUAUGAUUUUUGAACUUUUUUUUAAUAGAAAUAUUUUAAAAUACAUUUUAAAAUUUAUUAUUGUAAUUUCCUUAAAAAUCAUAAGGCCACCUUGUCCUAUUCGGAAAUUUCAACCUCUCAAUUUCAACCUUAUUCCAAAGUUUUGUUCCAUACAACAAAAUUUGUUCACAAAAUUUCAAAAACGUUUUGUUUUCAAAUAUUUUUUUUUCUAGGAUGCUGUCAAACGCGCAUUAUCGGAAUUCAAACGAACUCAUCAAGAUUCAUGGCGUGAACACGAGCAACAAUUCAACGAAGAUCAAUUGAUUGUUCUUCGAAAUUUGCUCAUUUCUCCAAAUUAUUACGUCUAA